UUCAGGGGUAAAAUUGUACGGUGGUUAAAAACUGCCGCUGUGUACACCAGUCGUACGUAGGCGAUCACGCGGUUAACCAGGUCUUCAAUUCCAUGUCGCCGUCUCUCGUCUUGUUUCUUCAAUACGGUCUUCUUUUGAUCAUCGCCUUCGGGAAUGGUGUUUGUGAUGAGCACGAAUACAGACUGACGAAGCAUUUGAUGGAUGGAUAUGACGCCGGUGUACGACCAGCUAAAAAUUCGUCCCAGCCCUUGGUCGUGGUCUUUGGGCUAUCCCUUCAUCACAUUAUUGAUGUUGAUGAAAAGAACCAAAUUCUCACGACGAAUUGUUGGGUUACGCAGGUCUGGACCGACCAUCAUUUGAAAUGGAAUGCUUCGGAAUUUGCUGGAAUUCGAGUAAUCCGUGUUCCCUAUAAUCGUGUCUGGCGACCUGAUACUAUUUUAUACAACAAUGCGGAUCCACAAUAUAGUUCAGCGGUCAUCAAUACAAACGUUAUCGUCAGUCACACAGGCGAAGUGGUCUGGUUAAGUCAUGGCAUUUUUCGCAGCAGUUGCGAUAUAAACGUAGAAUUUUUUCCCUUUGACGAACAACGAUGCGCUCUGAAAUGGGCCUCUUGGACGUAUGACGGAUAUCAACUUGAACUGGAGAGACAGAGCGAGCAGGGGGACGUGAGUAAUUAUCAAGCGAACGGUGAGUUCCAUCUUCUGGAUUUCACUGCCCGUAAAAACGUCGAGUACUACUCCUGCUGUCAAGAACCGUAUCCCGACAUCACUUAUGAGAUUCGCUUACGACGACGUCCGAUGUUCUACGUCUUCAAUCUGAUUCUGCCCUGCAUACUAAUCAACGGUGUCGCCCUGCUGGUUUUCUACGUGCCCUCUGAGUCGGGCGAGAAAGUCACUCUUGGCAUCUCGGCCCUCCUCUCUAUGACGGUCUUUUUGAUGACCAUUCGCGAAACUUUGCCGCCUACAGAGAAGACGCCGUUAAUAAGUCUUUAUUACGGUGUCAGCAUUUGUCUAGUGUCGUUUGCAUCUGGUCUGGCGGUUGUGACAUUGAAUUUGCAUCACCGUGGAGUGCGGGGUAUACGAGUACCGAGUAUCGUGAGAUCGUUGGUCUUAGACAAAUUAGCCAGGAUAGUAUUUCUGAAUUUCGACGAGGAGAAUAGAUCGCAGGAACCGGCGGAACCAUUCCCGAGAAGAAAGAACAAUUGUCCGCUGCACUGUAAAUCCGAAAUACCGGAACAGCACGUAUCUCCCAAAUAUGUAUCGAGGAGGGAUGAUAGUAAUAGCAGCAGUCCCAGUUUAGAUCUCGGAAAGGAAGGCGGCCUUGAGGCGCAGUGGUCUCGGGUCCUGGGAAGAGUGCACGCGACUAUUGAGAGGAAUGAGCGGCGCCUGAUAGAACAGGAUCGCCGAGAAAGGACAGAGUUAGAUUGGAAACAAGUUGCUCUGGUCAGUGAUCGUGCGCUAUUGUGCGUUUUCUUUCUCACAACAAUUGUUAGUACGGCGGUGAUUUUAUGCGGCUCGCCUCCGACUCAGGAUGCAUCUAAAGAUGGGUAAUCCUUGUAUUAUCGAUUCGACUAAUCGACUAAACGGUUGGCGGCCAAAGCUUCUUUUUCAUCCUUGUUGGACUCAAAGAAUAAUUUUAUUCUUUCCAUAUAUACAUUAAAAAAGAUUAAAUAAUUCGUCCGUAGAUUCGUCCGAUAUAAAGAAUAUGUGAGUGUGUUUCUCGUUAUCUGUUUUAUGGUGAGAUAUGUGUAUCCAUGAAUAAGUAGUUUUGAUAGAAACUUCUUCCUCUCUAGAAAGAAAUACUGGCAUUAUAAAAAAUAAAAAUAUUUUUAUUUUUUAUUAUUUAUGGUGUAAUAAUACUCCAACUAGAAGGAAAAUUACUGAUAUAAUUAUAUGAUUGUAAUUAUUAUAAACAAAUUUAAUUGUUUAAUUUCUGAUUAUUUUCCUAAAUGAAGAUUAAUAG